AACAAGUGUACAUCGUGGGAGACGUGGAACCCAGGUGGGCCCGGCGGCGUUAACUCAGUCAGCUCCUCCUCCUGCUGUCAGCGCAAGAGAGCCUUCACAAACCCCUUCAACGCUCUGAGCGCUCGCUUUCUGCGUCGUACCAAUCGCACUACCCCGAACCAACGCUAGGGGUCAAAUAGUGGAAUCUGAAAUGGCCGAUUCUAGUUAGUCGAGGAUUUUUCUGAAGGGAAUAAUGUCCGUAGCCGAGCUCAAGGAGCGCCACGCGGCGGCCAUGGAGACGGUGAGCGCGCUCAGGGAGCGACUCAGGCAGAAGAGGCUAUCGCUGCUGGACACGGACGUGGCGGGGUACGCGAGGUCGCAGGGCCGGACACCGGUGAGCUUCGGACCCACGGAUCUGGUCUGCUGUAGAACACUGCAGGGUCAUACAGGCAAGGUGUAUUCAUUGGAUUGGAGUAAUGAAAGGAAUCGAAUUGUUAGUGCUUCUCAAGAUGGUCGGUUGAUAGUUUGGAAUGCUUUAACAAGCCAGAAAACUCAUGCCAUAAAGCUGCCUUGUGCAUGGGUCAUGACUUGUGCUUUCUCACCGAAUGGUCAGUCUGUUGCCUGUGGUGGUCUUGAUAGCGUCUGCUCUAUCUUUAACCUGAAUUCCCCAACAGACAAGGACGGAAAUUUACCAGUUUCAAGAAUGCUUGGAGGGCAUAAGGGUUAUGUUUCCUCCUGUCAAUAUGUUCCAGAUGAGGACACUCACCUAAUCACCAGUUCUGGUGAUCAAACAUGUGUUUUGUGGGAUAUUACUACAGGCCUCAGGACUUCUGUUUUCGGAGGUGAAUUUCAGUCUGGACACACUGCCGAUGUACUAAGUGUCUCGAUCAACGGAUCAAAUUCAAGAAUGUUUGUCUCUGGUUCCUGUGAUGGUACUGCCCGUUUGUGGGACACUCGUGUUGCAAGUCGAGCAGUGCGGACAUUUCAUGGUCACGAGGGAGAUGUUAAUUCUGUGAAGUUCUUUCCAGAUGGCAAUAGAUUUGGAACUGGGUCAGAUGAUGGAAGUUGCAGGUUAUUUGAUAUCAGAACUGGGCACCAACUCCAAGUAUACAAUCAACAGCAUGGUGAUACUGAUGUCCCACAUGUGACCUCCAUUUCAUUCUCCAUAUCAGGAAGACUUCUCUUUGCUGGAUACUCAAAUGGCAAUUGCUAUGUGUGGGACACAUUAUUGGCAAAGAUGGUUUUGAACUUGGGAUCUCUCCAAAACUCACAUGAGGGCCGGAUUACCUGUUUGGGUUUGUCAGCUGAUGGAAGUGCCUUAUGUACAGGAAGUUGGGAUACAAACCUAAAGAUAUGGGCUUUUGGAGGGCAUAGGAGGGUAAUCUGAUCCAUUCCAGGAGAAAAAGGCUAACUUCUUCAGUUUCUCUUUCCUCAGGCUCAUGGUUCUCAUUGCCUUCUCAUAGCAUUGCAUCCCCGUGGUAAAAUGUUUUGCAUCUCUACUAUGUUACUAGGGUUUGAGAAACCAUAAUCCUGUAAUGUUGGUUGUUGUAAUUUAGAAUACUGACAGUCCGAAUAUUGGAGAAAAGAAAAAAUAUUUCCGUUUGUUUCUA